UGGAUAUUGUACUCAGCCGGUCAGAAGAAAUACAAGGUCAUUUCGAUUUUCAGUUUUGACUAAUAGAUAGUACAAUACCACGAUGAAUCCAAUUACGAAUGCUAAAAAUCAGAAUUUUAUGAAUGAAAAAGAACUAUCGCUUGGUCACACAGGAACAGUUAGCAGUUGGCACAGACAAUACAAAGAUUCUGCUUGGAUCUAUGUGGGUGGUUUGCAUUAUGAUCUCACUGAAGGUGAUGUUAUUUGUGUUUUCUCUCAAUAUGGUGAAAUUGUUAAUAUAAAUUUAGUUCGAGAUAAAAAGACAGGUGUAUCCAAGGGAUUUGCAUUUGUGUGUUAUGAAGAUCAAAGGAAGCACUGUCUUAGCAACUGA